CGUCUCAAUGAAACGCCCAGGCACUGCAUAGCUCUGUAAAAUUCCACGCUGCCGCAGAGAGGGUUGAUGUGAGAGUGUGAGAAGGAAGGACGGGGGCGAGUGCGGGUGAAAGAGGCUUCCAGCAGCGCCCCCUAGCAGCCCAGAGAAGAACAGCGAGAGGAUAGGGAGCCAAAGGGGCGGCCGCUCUUCCGCCUCCCUCCCAGACGCCGUGGUGGGCCCCCCCAGCUCAGCCAUCAGAUGCGGAGUGAGGAUGAGUCCCGCUCUAGAAGCCCUCAUGCAGGCAGAUGGGACACCCUAUCCCGGAAAAGGGGUGAUGCUUGAGCCCUUCGUUCACCAGGUUGGGGGCCACUCGUGUGUGCUCCGUUUCGGGGAGCAGACCAUCUGCAAGCCCCUCAUCCCCCGCGAGCACCAGUUCUACAAGAGCCUUCCACCAGAGAUCAGGAAGUUUACCCCCCAGUACAAAGGAGUGGUAUCAGUCAGCUUCGAGGAGGACGAGGAGGGGAAUCUGUGUCUCAUUGCCUACCCCCUCCACAGUGAACCAGGUGAUCUGGAGAACACGGACCCCUCGGCGGACUGUGAGCCCAAGAGCAAGAUGCUGAAGUGGGGCAACAAGAAGCAAUCCUCCCAGCUCCACGACAACGACAACUACAGCAAAGACAGGGCCAGACAGAUCCGUAAAGAGGACAAGAUUAUGAGUUAUAACCGAGAGGAGGUGCAGAAGCAGCAGCAGCCGGCAGAUGUGCUCUACUACAGCCUGAAGAAGGGCAACGUGGUCCCUGAGAUCACACACAACCCCUGGAGCCUCAAGUGCCACCAGCAGCACCUGCAGAGAAUGAAGGAGAACUCCAAGCACCGCAAUCAAUACAAAUUCAUCCUGUUGGAGAACCUGACUUGGCGCCACUCUGUACCGUGUGUGCUGGACCUGAAGAUGGGCACACGCCAGCAUGGGGACGAUGCUUCUGAGGAGAAGAAGGCCAAUCAGAUUAGGAAAUGCCAACAGAGCACGUCUGCUUCCAUCGGGGUCCGCCUCUGUGGCAUGCAGGUGUACCAGUCCGACUCAGGCCAGCUGAUGUUCAUGAACAAGUACCACGGCCGGAAGCUCACCUUGCCGGGCUUCAAGGAGGCCUUGUUCCAGUUCUUCCAUGACGGGCGGCGUCUACGCCGUGAGCUGCUCUCCCCGGUGCUGCACAAGCUGAAGGACAUGCAGGCUGUGCUGGAGUCCUGCGAGUCCUACCGCUUCUACUCCAGCUCUCUGCUGAUCAUCUACGAUGGAGAGCCCUCUUGCACCCCCACCAGAACCCGGCACCGCGGCGGCGAGGAGGGUGACGAAGACGAGCCUUCAGACGAAGACGAGGACGAUGAGGAGGAGGAGGAGGAGGAGGAAGGGGCAUUUGGGUUUCCUCGUUCCUCCUCUGCCGCCAGUGGGAGCGGUGGGGUGGCGAGCAAAAACGGAGGCAGCCUCGCGUCCCGUGGAGCAGGAGAGGCCUGCAGCCCCGUGGUGGAUGUGCGCAUGAUUGACUUUGCCCACACGACCUGUCGCCACUACGGGGAGGACAGUGUGGUGCACGAGGGCCAGGACAGUGGAUACAUCUUUGGCCUCCAGAAUCUCAUCACAAUCAUCUCUCAGCUGGAGGACCAUGGUGCAGACUAAGACUAAACGUUGGCCACCAUGUUGGAGCCACAAACCUGGGAAUGAAAGCUCUAAGCUAAGCUCCUCUGUCGAGGCAUUGACCUAAUGCCCAUGCGGGGAUCUGACCCGUAACCCUCCGGAAUAGGAGGGGCGGGAUCAGGGAUGCUUCAGGGUCGGGGAAGGGAACACAGGCUCCGUCCUGAACCCUACCCCACUUGAUUGUUGUGGGACAGAACUGACUGUGCACUCAUUGGCACUUUUCUCCUUUGACCGCUCCCAAACCCCUUUCUUUAUUUUGUGUGGUAGGAGAGCUAGUGGAUGGGACCGGAGUCCCAUCAGGCACUUGAAACUGUGUAGCAUCCUCCUCUGUUACAGACUUGUCUUUAUUGUAAGGGCUCUCUGAGAAUAAGACGGACACAGAAAGGAAACGUGCAAGUCAAGCAGCUGUCUGACUUGCUGUCAAGAGCCGUCAAGAGCACAUCACAUAUUUGUGGGUCCCGGUGGGUUGUGUCCUGGACUGGACAGUCCUCAAGCAAGCGACCCCUCAUCGCACUCUUUUUAUAGAUAUUUUGUAUAUGUCCUGUUGUCUCUGCAAACCGUAGCAACCAAAAUACUUUUUGGUGCAUCUGGAUUUACAACACCUGACAGAGACACUUUGUCUUUCAGAGAAAAACAGAUUGUCUUUCAGAUUUAGGAAUAGAAGAAGGGAUCUACCCUUUUGUCUAUGCCUUUUCUCCCCUGUACUGUUUAGCCUCUGACAGACUGUGGCAGUGAGGGAGUUGUAAGGGAAAGACAAUUUCUUGUCACUUUCUUUGUUUUGUCUUAAUUGUUUCUCUUCAUUCCUGAAAACGGUGACUAAAGAAGAGAAUAUAUUGAUCAUAAAAAUAGAUACAGAGAGAUACUAUUUAUUGGACACAUUUCUAAAAAAAACUUUAAUGGAAAGAACUAAAAUGAGAAACGGAGACAACUACAUUCCAUAUUACUGUUGUAAAUGUUCUGUUCUAUAUUGGAUUUAAUAUAAUUUUGUUUUUGCAAGGGAAGAUAGCCCUCUUGUAUACCUGUGUGUCAACAAUAUGUUGGAACAAUAAAGACAUUUGUUUGUGGUAAAAGCA